CUUAGAUUUUGGGUUAUAGGAUACAACCUACAGCUCAAAGAUGGCCGAUGAACAAGAACAGCAAGUACCAGUGCAAAAUGUGGAAGAGCCACUUGAUCUUAUUAGACUUAGUUUAGAUGAAAGAAUUUAUGUUAAGAUGAGAAAUGAGAGAGAACUUCGAGGAAGGCUUCAUGCCUAUGAUCAACAUUUGAACAUGAUAAUGGGUGAUGUGGAAGAAACAGUUACAACAGUGGAAAUUGAUGAAGAAACAUAUGAAGAAAUAUAUAAAUCCACGAAGAGAAAUAUUCCAAUGUUGUUUGUUCGUGGUGAUGGUGUUAUCCUGGUGUCUCCACCUAUGAGAACUGGAACAUAAUGCUAUCAAUGAUGACAAACAGACCAAUAAAACUGUCAACAAUUUAUAUUUAGUACAAUGUCUCAAGCUGAGAUGCUGAAUGUAUGUGUUCAAGGAUUAUGUAGAUAUCAAAAGUCAUUGUAUUUCCUGUGUAUACUGGAACAGUAUGAGAUGAUCACCUUCAUUAUUUACUCAUUGGUGCAAAUGUAAUGUUGAAAUAAAUUGCAAUCUCAUUUUCA